UUAAUAAUGUCCAUAAAUUUCGUUUCAUUUCCAUAGUCUCAGUGGCGUGGCUCAAACAAUGUCGACGGUUAGAAUAGAGCCUCUUCUCCACUACUAUCGCAGAGAAAAACCCAGCUACCGUCCUCCAUCGAAGUCAUUCAAGCUCAGCUCUUUGAAUGCUUUGCCUAAGAAGCUGGUCUACAAUGGCAGGAGCUUCUGCAACUUCGAGCCUCCCACUCCCAGGGCUCUCACUCUCAGAGCUGCCUCUACCGACGCAGCUACAGUCGAGACCUUUGAAUCGACCGACCUCUUCUUCAAGGAGACCUUUCCUCUCAAGCGGACUGAAGUGGUGGAGGGGAAGAUCUUUGUCAGAUUAGAUCAUGGGAAGAAAGCCAAGAAUUGGAUGCUGACCGUUGGUUGUAGUCUUCCUGGAAAAUGGGUUCUUCACUGGGGAGUUUCUUAUGUUGACGACGUUGGCAGUGAAUGGGAUCAACCUCCUAGUGAAAUGAGGCCACCUGGUUCAAUUCCCAUCAAGGACUAUGCAAUAGAUACACCCUUGAAUAAAUCAGCGUCGCCCGUAGGAGGUGAUCAAUCUCAUGAAGUGAAGAUUGAUGUUAAACCCAACAGUGCAAUUGCAGCGAUAAAUUUUGUUCUCAAGGAUGAAGAAACUGGUGCUUUUUAUCAGCACAGAGGGAGAGAUUUUAGAGUGCCUCUUGUGGACUACCUGCAAGAGGAUGACAAUGUGGUUGGAGCAAAAUGGGGCUUGGGCGCAUGGCCAGGAGCUUUGGGAAAGCUAUCAAAUGUGUUUGUCAAAGCAGAAUCAUCGCACUCCAAAGAUCAAGAUAGCAGCAAUGAAUCCAGAGACCCUCAACAGAAAACUAGGCGUGUAGAAGAGUUCUAUGAAGAACUGCCUAUUGCAAAAGAAAUUGCUGUGAAUAAUUCAGUAACUGUUUCUGUAAGGAAGUGUCCUGAGACUGCUAAGAAUCUUCUAUGCUUAGAAACAGAUUUGCCUGAUCAUGUUGUUGUUCACUGGGGAGUUUGUAGAGAUGAUACUAAAAGAUGGGAAAUUCCAGCUGCCCCACACCCACCAGAAACAGUAGUAUUCAAGGACAAGGCUUUGCGGACUCGAUUACAGGACAACAUAAUAACUGGAGAUCAAGGACAAAAAGAGGGUGGAAAAGGAUGUUGGGCAUUGUUUACUUUGGAAGAAGGACUCGCAGGAUUUCUUUUUGUUUUCAAACUAAAUGAAAGUAUGUGGUUGAAAUGUGCGGGCAAUGACUUCUACAUCCCUCUGUCCAGCUCAAAUCACUCAAUUGCUCUACCAAGAGAGGUUCCAUCUGAAGAUGCAAAGGUACCUGACAGUAGUACAGAAGCAGUUGAAGAAAAAAAAUUUACUGCAUAUACCAAUGGAAUAAUAAAUGAAAUAAGGAACUUGGUGAGUGACAUUUCCCUUGAGAAGAAUCAAAAGACAAAGUCCAAAGAAGCACAAGAAAGCAUUCUUCAAGAAAUAGAAAAAUUGGCUUCCGAAGCCUAUAGUAUCUUCCGAAGCACUGUUCCAACUUUCACAGAGGAAGCAAUUUCAGAGACUGAAGAAUUGAAAGCCCCCGCCAAAAUAUGCUCAGGGACAGGCACAGGUUUUGAAAUAUUGUGCCAAGGUUUUAACUGGGAAUCUCAUAAAUCUGGAAGAUGGUACAUGGAACUCCAAAGUAAAGCUGCAGAAUUAUCUUCACUAGGUUUCACUGUGAUUUGGUUACCACCCCCUACAGACUCUGUGUCACCUGAAGGGUACAUGCCGAAGGAUUUAUAUAAUCUGAACUCCAGAUAUGGAAAUAUUGACGAACUGAAGGAGACUGUGAGGACAUUCCAUAAAGUCGGUAUAAAAGUUCUUGGAGAUGCUGUGCUGAACCACCGUUGUGCAGAUUAUCAGAAUGAAAAUGGUAUUUGGAAUAUCUUUGGUGGUCGUUUAAAUUGGGAUGCUCGUGCAGUUGUUGCCGACGAUCCACAUUUUCAGGGCAGGGGCAAUAAAAGUAGUGGGGAGUGUUUUCAUGCUGCUCCAAACAUUGAUCAUUCACAAGAUUUUGUGAGGAAGGAUAUCAAAGAAUGGUUACACUGGCUAAGGGAAGAAAUUGGGUAUGACGGAUGGAGGCUUGAUUUUGUUAGAGGAUUUUGGGGUGGUUAUGUCAAGGACUACAUAGAUUCUACUGAGCCCUACUUUGCUGUAGGCGAGUAUUGGGAUUCCCUAUGUUAUACAUAUGGUGAAAUGGAUCACAAUCAAGAUGCACACAGGCAGAGAAUUGUUGAUUGGAUCAAUGCUACUAAUGGAACUGCUGGUGCAUUUGAUGUCACAACAAAAGGGAUUCUCCAUGCAGCACUGGAAAGAUGCGAGUAUUGGCGAUUAUCAGAUCAGAAGGGAAAGCCUCCAGGGGUUCUUGGAUGGUGGCCAUCUCGUGCUGUCACUUUCAUAGAGAAUCACGAUACUGGUUCUACUCAGGGUCAUUGGAGGUUUCCUCAAAAUAAAGAAAUGCAAGGAUAUGCUUACAUUCUGACUCAUCCAGGAACACCGACAGUUUUCUAUGACCACAUUUUCUCUCACUACCAUUCUGAAAUUAAAGCUCUACUCUCUCUGAGAAACCGGAACAAGCUUAACUGUCGGAGUAGAGUUAAAAUUACCAAGGCAGAAAGAGACGUGUAUGCGGCCAUUGUUGAUGAAAAAGUUGCCGUAAAAAUCGGACCAGGUCACUAUGAACCCCCAAGUGGACCUCAAACAUGGUCUAAAAGUGCGGAGGGCAAAGACUACAAGGUCUGGGAAGCAUCAUAACUUUGUCCACAACGAUAUUAUGUAGCUAUGAGUAUAUAAAAGUUGAUUGCAGGAUGAUUCAAUAAGUUCGUUCCCAUAUUUUACAUCUAAGCAAAUCAAAGGGUGCCAAGAUAGAAUAAUAUGUACUUCUCUCUGGAGGUCUGGCUGAGAACCUUGAAUUGAAGUUUUCUUGCCAUGCAUUUCCGGAGUUCAAGGGAUUGCUCAAGAGACGAUCGGAAAGACCUGCUUUCAGCAAUAGAAAAUUGCAGCCAGUCGGCUAGGUGUAGAAGUGGUGAGCAUGUUUUAGGUUCAAAAGGGCAGUGUUUCCAUCAUUACACUAUUGAUAUUUAUUGUGAUUCCU